GUUCAUAAAAUCAGUUCAUAAAAUUAUUUUCAUAAAAUCAGUUCAUAAAAUCAGUUAAUGUGUUAAUAACCAACCAUUAUCUUUACCAUAAACAAAUAGUAUGAAGCAGUGGUGCCUUGUGCAGUUCAACAGUGGUGGAACAGAAGUUGUGCCACACAUAUGGUUCAGGGGGAGAAGGUUUUCUGGCCUCCAUACCCUCCAAAAGAGUCGGGCAAGGUUCGUGCUGCCAUCAGGAGGAGGGAUGAACCAACUGGAGAAUGGCAGACUUAUGAGCCUGUCAGGGUCCUCAUAAGCCGAGAUACCUUUGAGGAAGCAGAGAGGUGCCUGGAAAGGUAUUUAAAGCAGCAAUGCGACACUACCGACAUCCAAUCAGAGGAGGAGUGCCAACAGCCUCUGAAAAGGAGAAAGAAACCAAAUCCAAUCUACAACAGCUUGGAUGACUCUGAUGGAGAUGGCCAACCUUGGAGUAAAUAUCCCCAAGCUCCCAAAAUUUUGUUCCCAGCUCCUGCGAAUUGCCAGACGCUUUCCACUCUGCAGUUUCCCUCUCCAUCCUCCCAACUCCAACCUCUAGCCCCAGCGAAUUGCCAGACCAUUUUUGAUAACCCAACCAGCUACGAGACCCUGCCCGCCCCAGCCAGCUGCCAGUCUCCGCUGCCCUACCCCAACAGUCAACCCAUUACCUUCUCUGCUGAAGAUUUUCAGUUCCCCCUCCAGUCAUUGCCAGUGGCUUCUGCCGGUACUCCCCGGUCUCCAGCCAAUUUCUCUCUAGAAGGAAUUUGGCUCUCAACCCAAAACUAUUUUUUAUUCCUGUCAAUAGAUGUAACCUUACAGAAGCUGCUCACCACUGUCACGGAGUUGACAAAGGAGGUGAGGGACCUGCGGCAGGACUUCCGUGAGUUCCGCCAGUCCUGUAGGUGUGGCCAAAGUGCUGGGGUGGUGGGCUUGACGGCAGAGCCACUGCAACUGCCUCUGCACAGCAUGGAGGAGCUGGAGAACGCAGAGGUGGCCCGUUUCACAAUUAUUGGGGGGACCACCCUGGAGAUCAGGGUUCGGCGCAUGCUGGCAUACAGCAUGACCAACGAGCUGGCCUCAGGCCUAAACUGGGCUGGCAAGAAAAAUAAGGAUGUGACAAAACAGAAGCGGUCCUUUAAAGAAAUGGCCCUCUGCAAAUGCAUGUUUGAUGCCCUGACUCAACGGCUGAGUACGGCAAAUGCCUAUGAAUUUUAUCAAGCUGUGCAGAAGUGGCUGCGCUACGCCCCAGACCGGGCGGGGGGAGCUGGACGACCGACCCUGGAGAUAUAG